AUGUCCAAGAAGAGGACGCUAGAUGCGUUCUUCACGACAACGCCCAAGAAACAGAAAACCGACCAGAAGCAAACUACUGGAUACUCUACUCAUCAAACAUACCCAUUUCCCAUCUCUGAACUUCCACCGGCUAUUGGCAAAGAGCUGUCGUCUCUACCAGCCCGGCCAGGAAGGCAAAUAAAUGACCAGCUGGACCUGGACCUGCUUUACUUUGAGCCCUAUGUCCCAGGCUACAUCGCCAAGGACUUGUUCGAAUUCCUUCGGUCAAAUCUCCCCUUCUACCGGGUUGAGUAUGAUAUCAAGCGCGGUGGCUUUUCAACCCACAUCAGGACACCAAGGUGGGUUGUGAACAUGUUCUUCGGGCUUGAUGAAACAUCUCGAUUCGACGAAGACGGAAAGGUCGUUGAUGCAAAAUCCCGCGCCAAAGCCGAGGACAAAGCAUAUGCCCGCUAUGCGCCACGCCCGAUCCCAAAGUGCCUCGAUGAUCUCCGGGUAUCGACAGAAGCGGCAACUGGUUGCAGAUUCAACUUUUGCCUCGUCAACUAUUAUGCAUCAGGAGCAGACAGCAUCUCCUUCCAUAGCGAUGAUGAGCGCUUCCUCGGUCCAGAGCCUGCCAUUGCUUCAUUCUCACUGGGGGCCAGCCGAGAUUUCCUCAUGAAACACAAGCCCAUACCACCAGUGGAAGGCAGCCCUCCACAACCAGAGCUCAAGCAGCUUAAACUACCUCUCAUCCGGCAAGAACGAUAA